ACGCGGCUACACAAGGGCUGGUGCGGAGAGCGGCGCCUCUGCACCGGGUCGGAGCACACACAUGUUGCUCCUACUCCUGCCGCGCGCACCCCAAGCCUCGCCUCGCAACCGCUGCCUGGUCUCGACCGCCGGCGAAAACCUGCCAUCGCCUCGCAGCGAUCGGCUGCCAUCUUCUCGCGGCGAGCGGCGGCGACAGAGGCUCGCCGCCGAGGGGCGGCAUCGUCGGGUCAGCUGGCUGCUCGGGCAGCAGGGCGACCUCGCGCCAACGGAGCACGCGGAGCUGACCGGGCUCCUCCGCCGAGGAGACACGUACGACGCGUCCUCGUACUCCGCCUCGCACGCCGCCUUCAAGGCGGAGCAGAAUGCCGUCUUUGCGAGCCUCGCGAGCAGCCUCGGUGGCGCGGCAUCGCCCGUCGUUUACCUCGAUGGGCCGGACGGCGGCUCGACCUCGGCCCUGCGCGCGGCCGGCUUUGCCACCGACCAACUGCACGUUGCAAACCCGCACGCGAGCACGUGCGCUGCGCUGUCCGCGCCACCACACAGCCUCGAGCACGUGGCGCACGCGAGCGCGGAGGAGGCCCUUGCCUCGGAGCAGUGGCGGUCACGCGCCUUUUGCGCAGCGUAUUUCGACGGCUGCGGCGGCCAGGCCGAGCCGCUCAUCGCAAUGAUUCGGGCGCUCUUCCACGAGCGGCGCGCCGCCGCCGCGGCGCUCGCCCCCGCCGUCGCCGUCGGCUUCACCCUCACGCGCGCCGAGCCGGGCGGCGCCUCGCUCGGCGACAGGGAGGUGGCGGUGCUGCGCGCGCUGACCGCCGCGGCAGGUGCCGUCGGGUACAGCAGCCCGUCGCACGUGGCAGACGACCCCGGGAGGUGGGGCUUGCGGCCAAUGGGGAAGGAGCACGAGGGGACGACCACCGUGUGGACCGUGGCGUGUCCCUCCGACUGGCACUGGGUGUUUGCCGCGAGCGGCGCCAUCCUCGGCUACUUUGGCAUCGCCUUUAGCGGCAAGCCGGGCGAGGCGCGAAAUUUUCGCGUCCCGAGGCACGAGCUGCGCCGCAUGCUGUACGAGCAGCUCGCGCCGGGCACCGUCCGGUGGGGCUUGCGGCUCGAGUCGUACGUUGAGGUGGCGGGUGGCGUCGAGGUGCACCUGAAGCCAUCCCUGCAGCGCUCCUCCGCGGGCGACGGCGGCGGCGCUGCGGGCGGCGGCACUACGGGCGGCGGCGCUGCGGGCGGCGCUGCGGCGAGCAAGGCUCGCCUGCGGUGCAGCGUGCUGGUCGGGGCGGACGGGGUCCGCUCCGCAGUCCGCGCCCAAAAGUUUGGCGACGCGCUUCGGUACGUCGGCGUCGUGGUGGUGCUCGGGGUCUGCCGCACACAGCACCCGCUGCUGAGGCGGGGCGGCUUCUACACGGUGGACGGCACUCACCGCCUCUUCACGAUGCCGUACGAGCCGCUCGGGGCAGCGGAGGAGGAGGAGGAGGCGGAGGCGGAGGCGGAGGAGGAUGGCGGGGCAGGGCGAGAGCGGGCGGCGGGCGGGCGGCACAGCACGAUGUGGCAGCUCUCGCUCGCGAUGCCGGACGAGGCGGCGGCGCGCGCGCUGUGCGGCGGCGGCGGCGAGGCGCUGCUGCGCGAGGUGGUGCGGCGGUGCAGCUCGUGGCACGCGCCGGUGGGGGAGAUGCUCGCCGAGACUGCCGCGGGCAGUGUGUGGGGCACGCCGCUCUGCGACCGCGCGCCGAUGCCCCACCGCAGCAAGCAGGCGGGCAGGGCGAGGGGUGGCGGGGCGCAGGCGGGAGAGGCGCAGCCUUCGCCGUGGGCGUCGCGGGUGACUCUGCUCGGCGAUGCUGCGCACGCGAUGACGCCGUUCAAGGGCCAGGGCGCCAACCAGACGCUCGUCGACGCGGCGCUGCUCGGCAACCUCCUCGCGGCCGCCCUCGCGGGCCGAGGCGAGGGGGGCACUGCCUCGGCGCUGGCGCGGUACGAGCGCGAGAUGUGCGACAAGGCGGAGCCAAAGGUGGCCGCCUCGCGCCGCGCCGCGCUCCUCUACCACUCGGCGGCCGCGCUGGAGCCGGGGUCGUACGGCGUGAGCGGCGUGCCCGCCGAGGAGGCGGCGGCCCUGCUCGCCGAGCUGUCCCGGCGCGGCGUCACGGCGAGCGACGCGGGAGCGCUGGAGGCGCGAGCCGUGGCCGCGUGGAGUGAGUCGUCGUCUUGACAGUCCGGAGAUUCGUUCUUUUGUCUAGCUUGUAGCUAGCGCCAACCGCGGCGCUUUACAUAA